CCUCUCUUUACAAAAGCAAUCAAAUCAGGUCACAAUGUCCGCCACAAACGACCGCUACAUGACCGACAUGUCGAGCGAGUUCAACAUUCGCAUGGGCACCGAGGGCUUUGCUGCCGAGCCGCCGACAACAGUGUGCGCGGCGAUCAAGAAGCGUGCGGAGGAUACGCCAGACAAGGUUGCGUACAACAUCAUGCCCGAGGGCGCGACCGAGUGGCAGUCGACAACGUGGAGCGAGUACUACCAGAUCUGUCGGCAGUCUGCCAAGUCGUUGAUGGCGCUCGGGCUUGAGGCGCACGAGGCGAUUGCGGUGCGCGGCUUUAACUCGCCCGAGUGGUUCGCGGCGGAUGUGGGCGCCAUUCUUGCCGGCGGCGUGGCGGCAGGCAUCUACACGACCAACGGGCCAGAGGCGUCGGCGUACAUUGUCAGCCACUCUGGUGCCAAGAUUGUGUUUGUGGAGAACGCCCGGCACCUUGCGAUCAUGCUCGCGGCGCGCGACCAGAUGCCCAACGUGACCACGUUUGUGCAGUGGUCGGGCGAGGUUGACGCGUCGGUGGAGGGCCUGCUCUCGUGGGAGGCGUUCCUUGCCGCCGGUGCAGAUGUGCCGGACGCGGACCUGGACGCGCGGAUGGAGGCGACCCGGCCUGGCCACUGCGCCACCCUCAUCUAUACCUCGGGCACGACCGGUCACCCCAAGGCAGUCAUGGUGACGCACGACAACCUGACGUGGAACGCCAAGCUCACGUUCUCGCUCAUCUCCAAGGUGGACGAGGAGCACCUCAUCUCGUUCCUGCCGCUCUCGCACGUGGCCGGGCAGAUGCUGGACAUCAUCGGCCCGAUGAUCACCGGCGGCACCAUCUGGUUUGCGCGGCCGGACGCGCUCAAGGGCACGCUCUUUGACACUGUCAAGGCUGUCCGCCCGACGGUCUUCCUCGCCGUCCCGCGAGUCUUUGAGAAGCUCGCCGACAAGCUCAAGAUGGUGAUGGCGGCCAAGGCCAAGGCGGCGGCCGCUGCCGGCGAGACGCCGCAGCCGCUGCCUGAGGGCGCCGUCCAGGCCAUGCUCGGCCUCGACCGGUGCCACUACGUGUCGACGGCGGCGGCGCCCAUCUCGCUGCAGAUUCUGCAGUUCUUCAAGAAGAUCGGGAUCGAGAUCUUCUCCAUCUACGGCAUGUCCGAGAACACCGGGGCGUCGUCAGUCUCGCUGGCAGGCGCCAACAAGCUCGGCGCCGUGGGCAAGCCCAUGCCGCACACCGAGAUCAAGCUCGCCGACCCAGACGCCGAGGGUAACGGCGAGAUCUGCAAGCGCGGCCGCCACGUCUUUGCCGGCUACAAGGACAACGAGGAGGCGUCAGCCGCGGCCAUCGACGAGGAUGGCUUCCUGCACUCGGGCGACCUCGGCCGCUUUGACGAGGACGGCUUCCUCCACAUCACCGGCCGCAUUAAGGAGCUGCUCAUCACCGCCGGUGGCGAGAACGUCGGCCCGGUCGGCAUCGAGACCUACAUCAAGGACCACUGCCCGCUCCUCUCCAACGCCAUCUGCAUCGGCGACCGCCGCAAGUACCUCUCGCUCCUGGUUGCCAUCAAGUGCGAGAUCGACAUGACCAACGGCAAGGCGACCGAGACGCCCACGCCCGAUGCCCUCGCCGUCCUCGCCAAGAUCGGCUCCACCGCCACAACCGUCUCGGAGGCCCACGCCUGCGAGAAGGUCAAGGCCUACGUCCAGUCGACUAUCGACGACUACAACGAGAACGGCUCCGUCUCGCGUGCCCAGCUCAUCCGCAAGUGGGAGUUCCUCCCCGAGGACGUCUCCAUCGGCAACGGCUGCCUCACCUCGACCAUGAAGCUCAAGCGCCGCAUUGUUUACAAGGUCUUCUCGGACGUCAUCGAGUCGAUGUACGUCGAGGCGUAACCGGCUUCCCGCUUCCUCACCUCCAACAACCCCCGCCCCAUCCUGACUUGCUUCUGGUCCUGGUUUCCUUGGUGCAACCGCAGUCUGUAAAGACCUCCAGAAGCGUACCUAACAACCGG